AUGGCCGUUGAUUUGAGUAAAUAUAGGCCAGUGAUUGAUGCAAUUAUCACUUCAUGUGACCCCGAUGAAGUGAGUCCCAAGAAGAUUAGAAGGGCCGUUCAGGAUUUGUUUGGGAUUAGUUUCGAUGAACAAAGGAAAGAAGUGAAUGAAUUUAUUAUAGAACGAUUCAAUGAUUUGCAGGAGAACCCGCUGAUAUUGAUAUCUAAAAGGGAUAUGAUGAAAAAAGAUGAACAUUUGGCGUUGAGAUUACAGGACCUGGAGAGACAAGCACAAAAAAAGACAAGGAAUAGCACAUCUACUAAGGAGAAAGUUCGUAGGAAGAAGAGGAAGACGACAACGGGACAAUCUACUGCCAAUAAUAGUCUGGCCAGUCGUAAAUGGUUACUGAGCCCUCAAUUGAAAGAACUUCUUGGUGAAGAUGAGUUACCAAGGACCCAGGUUGUUAAAUUAGUGUGGGAUUAUAUCAAAAGUAAUAAUUUACAAAACGAAGCUGAUCGAAGGGAGAUUUUAUGUGAUGACAAAAUGAGGCCUAUAUUUGGUAAUAAAGUAACGAUGUUUUCCAUGAAUAAGGUAUUAUCAAAGCAUUUAUUUAAUCGGGAUGAGAUUUUGAAGAAAGAUGAAGACAGUGAUAUCGUAAAGAAAGAUGAGGACACUGAUAAUUUGGACAUACCAGAUGAAGAAAACUCAGGAUGA